CACACAACGGGGCUCUUUAAGUUUGAGCUCGCGACACAGAGCAGCCAUUCAUCCCGGACAGCCGCAGGAGCGCGAGCCGCAUAGAGAGAGAGUGAGAGAGAGAUAGAGAGAGAGAGAGAGUGUGUGCGUGAGCGGAGAAUAGAGCACACAUACGCACACACGCACGCACACGCACGCGCGCGCACGCCGCGAUUCUGGACCAGCGCCGUCAAGAAGUGUGUGAGUGAGCUGCUGAAUGCUGAACCUUCACACAGCACCAGGAGAACCACAUCAGGAACCUGGAUGGACACGUCAUCCUAAUAAAAGUUCAGGCUACAAACAGAGCUAAAAUAUUCCCAGUGAAGUAGACUGUUCUCCAGAGGACAAGGUCAGAGGUCAGAGGUCAGAGAGAUUUACUUGUCAUCAGUGUGGUGAACAUCUCAGAUCACCUGCUGAGUGUAGAAGAUGUCGACUGAAGAACAGAGUCUGUCAGAGGUGGAGCUGAGUCCCGGAGUGUCGGACGAUGGUGGCUCCGUGUCCCCGGGGCGGGCGGGUCACCCAGGAGACUCUCAGCUGGUGUCAGGAGACGGGGUGGAGGAGGAUGGGGCAGGACUGUCUCACACAGGAGUGUCAGUAAAAUCAGACGAUGAUGACGAGCGCUUCCCCAUCGGCAUCCGUGAGGCAGUCAGUCAGGUGUUAAAUGGGUACGACUGGACGCUGGUGCCCAUGCCAGUGCGCGUCAACACGGGCAGCAAGAGCAAGCCGCAUGUCAAGAGGCCCAUGAACGCCUUCAUGGUGUGGGCUCAGGCUGCACGCCGCAAACUGGCUGACCAGUACCCUCAUCUACACAACGCUGAACUCAGCAAGACACUCGGCAAGCUGUGGAGACUCCUGAACGAGAACGAUAAGCGGCCGUUCAUCGAGGAGGCGGAGCGUCUGAGGAAGCAGCAUAAGAAAGAUUAUCCAGAGUAUAAAUACCAGCCCAGGAGACGGAAGAACGGGAAGCCGGGAUCAAGCACCGACAGCGACGCCCACUCUGAAGGUGAUGUCACUCACAGCCAAUCACAUUACAAGAGCCUCCACCUGGAGGCGGGGCAUGGUGCUGGGUCUCCUCUGUCUGAUGGACACCACACACACCCUGCAGGUUCCAGCCACAGCCCUCCGACCCCUCCCACUACUCCUAAAACAGAGCUCCAGGGUGGCAAAUCAGGAGAGGGGAAGAGAGAGGGUGGGGCCAGAGGGAUGGGAGUUGGGGCAGAUGGAAGCUCCGCCUCCUCAUCUUCUUCCUCUUCUUCAAAACCUCACCUGGAUUUUGUCAAUGUCGACAUUGGUGAGAUCAGCCAUGAUGUGAUGGCCAACAUGGAGCCGUUUGAUGUCAACGAGUUUGACCAGUACCUGCCUCCGAAUGGGCACCACCCAUCAGGCUCAGGCUCCGCCUCCUGCCCCGCCCCAUCUCCUUCUCCUUACUCCUACUGGCUGUCAAAGCAGCAGCUAAGCUCAGAAGCUGGGAAACCACAGAUCAAGAGCGAGACCCAUUUCACGGGUAAUGCUGAUACUUCUGUGGGCGGGGCUUCCACAUCAGGGGGUGGAGCAUCAGCUCAUGUCACAUACACACCUCUCAGUCUGCCUCAUUAUGGCUCUGCCUUCCCCUCUUUGGCCUCAAGGGCGGCACCAUUUGCCGAAUACGGAGAUCACCAAGCAUCCGGAUCAUAUUACACACACUCUGGCCAAUCAGGCCUUUACUCCGCCUUCUCCUACAUGAGCUCCGCCCAGAGGCCUAUUUACACUGCUAUCACUGACCCUGCCCCUGGGAAUAGCCCCACCCACUGGGAACAGCCUGUUUAUACCACCCUGACCCGGCCGUAACACACACACAGACACACACAUACAAGAGAAUGAGACAUUAUGAUGACAAAGUUUAUAAUGAUGAUGAUGACGAUGAGUAACAAUAAUGCUUUUGUCUCAGACACACAGAUCACAACUGUUAUGGGAAAAAAGUUUCAUAGCCCACUAGCAAUACACACACACACACACACACACACACACACACAGUUGUAACAAACAUGAUGAUGAUGAUGAAUAUUUGUCUAACUAUGAAUAUGGCUAAUCACACACAGGAAGGCAAGGAUAAAACCUAGCCCAAACACACACACACACACACACAAAGGACAUUUUCAGCACUCAUAUGGAAUGGAAAUUGAGUGUCAGUGUUUCUGAAGGACAUUUUUUACCUGCACAUUUAAACAUUAAACUUUUAAACAUGUUAUUAUUAUUAUUAUUAUUAUUAUUAUUAUUAUUAUGAACUAAUCAUUUUUUGUUAUUAACCAAAACGAGGCCUUUCCUUUGUUGUUGUUGUUGUAAUCCCUGUUGUGGAUGUUUUGUCGUCAUGGUGACGGCUGUGCCACAUGUUGGUGAUGAACUGAGUGUAAAUAUGUUAAUGUCAGUGUGAGGAGCAUCGUGUUAAUGUCAUACAACACUGUAACACAUUUAUACACCAGCCUCCAGUGCCUUCAGCCUUCACAACACACACACACACACACACACACACACACACACACACACACUCAUUUAGAUGUGUGAGAGAUUUUUAAAAAAUUAUAACGUUUCAUAAAGGACAGAAACACAGCCGUCAGAAUUCCUGAGGGGUGGAGCUUGUACACGAUGGGCGGAGCUUGUAUCCAGUGGGCGGGGCAUCCACACACUGAUGAUUUAUUUCAUGGACACAUUGUUAAUAUUUUCACUCUCUUCUUUUACAUUUUUCUAUUUUUAACUUUAGUGUUCAUUGGUCAAUAUUCUGUAGGAUUAUAUAUAAACUAUACAGAAACUAUACAGUGUUAGAGAAUCUACACACAGUAGGUGGAGUUUAUUUAUAUUAUUGGUUUUAUUCCUUCGUUUUAUUUUAAGUUACUUUUUUGUGUUAAUUGUUUUCUGAUUUUUGUUAAUGUGUUUCAUUAGAAACUAACGACACAUACUAAAUAAAACUCGGUCCAAUUUUCUAUAAAA